UGAAACAUCCGAGUAUUAGGAAGUAAUGGAGACAUUUCAAUUCGCAGUUUUUUGUGUAGCAUUUUAUACUUUUGUGGUUUCCUCACCCAUAAAAGAAUUUUAUCCGAAAAGGGACGUGGCGACGUUAAAGAAGUAUCAAAUGGAAUGUGUAGAGGAUACUAAAGUGGAUCCUGAUUUGGUGAUCAGGUUUAAAGCUGGCGACUGGAGGAGCGAACAGCCCUCGUUGAAGAAUUGGGUACUGUGCAUACUAAAUAAGAUGGGGCUCAUGACCAUGGACGGAGUGUACAGGCUCGACGAGGCCAUGGCGCGAGUGGGGACUAAAGACAAAGACAUGGCAGAAAAACUUAUCGACCAAUGCCUAAGUACCACAGCCUUACCAGCGCCUGAUAUAGCUUGGAAGUACGUCCAUUGUCUGCACGUGAACGAUCCUCUUGGCAAUUACUCUUCAAUAUCCAUCCUCACACCAUAAAUUUAAUUGAAAUAGCGACAUCUAUUAAAAAAAUGAGGUACUUUAUAUAAAACAAUUAUUGUCUUACAGCGCCAUCUGUAUAAUACUUAUAAAAUAAAAUGAUUACGCUUAUGUACGUGUCUUACUAUCAACGCCAUCUGUGUAUUUUAUGCAGAACUAAAAUAACAUUGAUAUUGCACAAUAUAGCUGUGCGUAGUAGUUUAAAUAAAGUUUUAUAGAUGUCGC